AUGGAGAAGGAGCCUUUGCUUGGUGGCGGUUUGCCUCGUGAGGCUGCGGCACCCAAGUCACGCCGCUGGCUUGCUGCUAUACGCGUGCUUGCAAUUGGCUUUGCUGCCUCAUUUGCUGCAUGCUAUGCUUACACUGGCUAUUGGCCUCUUGACUAUCUUGUGUACUCGCCAGCCGAGAGAGUUCUCAUUCGCAAUCCAUUGAUCGAUGGUCACAACGACCUCUUGAUCAGGAUGAGGGUUGAGUAUGGGAACCACAUCUACUCUCCUGAGUUCACCGACAAGAUGGAAAGUGGUGGUUUGCCGGGUGAAGUUGACAUUCCUCGCAUGAACAAAGGCAAACUCGGCGGUGCAUUCUGGAGCGCUUUUGUGCCUUGCCCGGCCAAUGGAUCCGAUUUCUCUGACGCUGCCUAUGCUCCCUAUGUCAAGACAACACUCGAGCAGAUUGACCUCUUCAACCGCCUCACGGAGAUGUAUCCACGCUAUUUUACUCUUGCUAGCGACUCUGCCGCAGCUCUGCGUGCCUUUGCUUCGCACCAACUGAUCUCCCCCAUGGGUAUCGAAGGUCUGCACCAGAUCGGAAAUUCCAUCUCGACUCUUCGUCUUUACCACAAACUCGGAGUCCGCUACGCAACUCUGACUUGGAACUGCCACAACAAGUAUGCCGAUGCUGCUCUCAUCACCAACUCUGACGGCCAGAUCGUUGUUGCACCUCCACUAUGGGGCGGCGUCUCGGCUGCGGGCAAGAAGUUGAUCCAGGAAAUGAACAGAUUGGGCAUGCUGGUCGACCUCAGCCAUGUGAGCCAAAACACCAUGGCACAUGUCUUGGGUCUAGGUGAAGAUGGCUGGCAAGGCAGCAUGGCUCCGCCAAUCUUCAGUCAUUCCAGCGCAUACUCGAUCUGCCCUCAUCCUCGCAACGUCCCUGAUCACCUACUGCCGCACGUCAAAGCUGCGCGUGGUAUCGUGAUGGUAAACGCGAACCCGGAUUUCAUCAGCUGUCGUGCUUCAAACAGCUCCUCUGGCUUACCUGAGUUUGUACCCGAAACCUCGACUCUGCAGCAGGUGGUGAAGCAUAUCAAACACAUUGGAGAUAUGAUUGGUUAUGAUCAUGUGGGCAUCGGCACCGAUUUCGAUGGCAUCGAAAGCACACCAAAGGGCUUCGAGGAUGUGUCCAAGUUCCCUGAUCUCGUAGCUGAAAUGCUGAAGCAAGGUAUCAGCGAGUGGGAUGCUGGCAAAGUUGUUGGCAGGAAUAUCUUGAGAGUCUGGGCCGAUGCUGAUGCCAUCGCUACUUGGAUGCAGAGAAAGGGAGUGUUGCCUCUUGAAGAUGAGGUCAAGCAUCCUUGGGAAUGA